GCAUCAGAUUGCCACUUGGGCUAUAAAGAAAAAGAUCCAAUUCGCGGCCAUGAUUCGUUAGUUACCUUCGAAGAAGUAUUUGAAAUAGCUAAAGAGCAUGAGGUAGUUGACUUUGUGUUACUUGGAGGCGACUUAUUUCAUGAAAAUAAGCCUUCUCGUGCUACGUUGCACGGAUGUAUCGAAAUACUAAGGAAAUACUGCCUUGGUGAUAAGCCUUGUCAAGUGGAAUUUUUGAGCGAUCAGUCCGUCAAUUUUUGGUCCAGCAGUUUCCCGGUCAUUAAUUAUGAAGAUCCAAAUUAUAAUAUUUCUACGCCGGUUUUUACAAUACAUGGUAAUCAUGAUGAUCCUUCCGGCUCCAAGAAUUUAUCAGCUAUCGACUUGCUUAGUUCAUCGGGAUUAGUCAACUACUUUGGAAAAACAAGCUCCGUUGAUGAAAUCUCAAUUAGUCCGUUGUUGAUGCAAAAAGGCAAGUCAAAAUUGGCAGUUUACGGGUUAGGUUCCGUACGAGAUGAACGCCUACAUCGACUCUUUGCCAGUGAAAAAAUAACAAUGUUAAAACCGAAAAUGGACACUGAUAACUGGUUUAAUAUUAUGGUAGUGCACCAAAACAGGGUUAAACACGGCGAAAAGAACUAUAUCCCAGAAGAAUUCUUAAGCGAUUUUCUGGAUUUAGUCAUUUGGGGUCAUGAGCACGAGAGCUUAAUAACUCCUGAAUGGAAUCCUAAAACCAACUUUUUUGUUUGUCAACCGGGUUCAACAGUUGCCACAUCUUUAACUGAAGGGGAAGCUAAAAGAAAGCAUGUUGCGAUCUUAAAAGUCUUCAACAAGACUUUUAAAGUAGAAGAGAUUCCUUUAAAUACUGUCCGACCUUUUUACAUCGAUGAGCUUUGUCUUCAAGAAACUGGCAUUUCUUGCGAUGAAAGACAUGAACAAGAGAUUGUAUCUUACGUGAAAAAAAAGAUCGAAUCUAUGAUAUCAAAAGCUGAAGCUGAGCAUUCUGGCAGUACAAGACAGCCUACGGAGCCGUUAAUAAGACUAAAGGUUGAUUAUAGUGGUGGAUAUAUUCCAUUUAAUUCAUUGAGAUUUGGCCAGCAGUUUGUUGGUCGUGUAGCAAACCCUAAAGAUAUUGUACAUUUUUAUAAAAAAAGAACCAGGAGGGAAAUUACAGAGAUGGAAUCAAUCGAAAAUGCGGAAUUGCCAAUAAGUAUACUUGAGCGAACCGUCAAGAUAGAAAAUAUCAUUACUGAAUUAUUGGCGAAUGACUCGUCUUAUCAAAUGAAAUUUCUAUCUGAAAAAGCUAUUGGAGAUGCGGUUAGGAUAUUUGUAGACAAGGAAGAAAAUGAUAUUAUUGAGGAGUAUGUAUGA